GACAAGCAUCUAUCCAUCGUAUGUUCACUACUGGGCAUAUCUAAGGCUGAACUAUCCCGCUGGCUCACGCAUAGAAGAAUAGCAUCCGCUCAUGAGGUUAUAGUAUCACGUAUGGACGUACAAAGAGCAUCGUUCGCUCGCGACGCCCUCGCCAAGCGUAUGUACGGAGAGCUAUUCGCGUGGCUCGUGCUAGCUGUCAACAGGGCGCUAGACACCGGACAUGCUAAGAAACACUUCAUCGGUGUCCUAGAUAUCUACGGUUUCGAGACGUUUGAAAUAAAUUCCUUCGAGCAGUUCUGCAUAAACUACGCGAACGAGAAAUUACAACAGCAGUUUAAUUCGCAUGUGUUCAAGUUAGAGCAGGACGAGUAUAUUAAGGAGGAAAUAUCUUGGGAAAUGAUAGAGUUCUACGACAAUCAGCCGUGCAUAGACCUGAUAGAGGACCGGCUGGGCGUGCUGGCGUUGUUGGACGAGCAGUGCCGGGUGCCGCAGGGCAGUGAUGCGGGCUUUGUCGCUACACUGUGCAUGUCGAUGUGCUCAGCGCCAGGGUUGUACUGUAGUGACAUACAUCGAUAUUUUGCAGUUAUCGAGGCUGAGGAAAUAUCUUGGGAGAUGAUAGAGUUCUACGAUAACCAGCCGUGCAUAGACCUGAUAGAGGACCGGCUGGGCGUGCUGGCGUUGUUGGACGAGCAGUGCCGGGUGCCGCAGGGCAGUGAUGCGGGCUUUGUCGCUACACUCUACAUGUCGAUGUGCUCAGCGCCAGGGUUGUACUAUAGAGGAAUAUCCUGGGAGAUGAUAGAGUUCUACGACAACCAGCCGUGCAUAGACCUGAUAGAGGACCGGCUGGGCGUGCUGGCGUUGUUGGACGAGCAGUGCCGGGUGCCGCAGGGCAGUGAUGCGGGCUUUGUCGCUACACUCUACAUGUCGAUGUGCUCAGCGCCAGGGUGUCGAUGUUUUGCAGUUAUCGAGGCUAGGGAUGUCAAGAGUUAUCGAUGUUUUCGCAUUCUUAUUGAGGCUAGGGAUGAGGAAAUAUCUUGGGAGAUGAUAGAGUUCUACGACAACCAGCCAUGCAUAGACCUGAUAGAGGACCGGCUGGGCGUGCUGGCGUUGUUGGACGAGCAGUGCCGGGUGCCGCAGGGCAGCGAUGCGGGCUUUGAGGAAAUAUCUUGGGAGAUGAUAGAGUUCUACGACAACCAGCCGUGCAUAGACCUGAUAGAGGACCGGCUGGGCGUGCUGGCGUUGUUGGACGAGCAGUGCCGGCAGUCCUGCGCUAGGUAUGCGCAUUUCAUGAAGCCUAGGUUUGGGAAUGCUGCAUUCAUCAUAAAACACUUCGCCGAUAACGUAGAGUACCAAUCGGGCGGUUUCCUAGAAAAGAACAGAGAUACAGUCUCAGAGGAACAACUGGAAUGCAUCAAGUCUGCAACGAGUUGUCGACUCAUACAUACCAUGUUUACGGAGAACGCGGGGAGUUCAACCGCCCGCCGAACCUCAGGCCAGAAACAGACAGUCGGCUCACAAUUCCGUCAGUCGCUGUCGGCGCUGAUGUCGACGCUGUCGGCCACCACGCCGCACUACGUGCGCUGCAUCAAGCCUAACGACACCAAGGAGCCCUUCAGCUUCGACAGCGCCAGGGCCGUCAACCAGCUCAGAGCCUGUGGAGUGUUGGAGACGAUCAGAAUAUCAGCCGCUGGCUUCCCGUCUAGGUGGCUGUAUCAAGAUUUCUUCAAUAGAUACCGUCUCCUCUGCCUCCACAAGGAGAUAGACCGCGGCAACAUCAAGGCGACAUGUGGGCGCAUCCUCGCGCGACACGUCAGAGACCCCGACAAGUACCAGUUCGGAGCCACCAAGAUAUUCUUCAGAGCUGGACAGGUGGCGUACCUAGAAAAGAUCCGUGCUGACAUACAGCGCGACUACUGCGUGAGGGUACAGAGCUGCGUGCGACGCUUCAUAGCAAGACGCAAGUAUCUGCGGCUAGUGGCCGCCACGGGGCUGCAGGCGCGGGCGAGGGGCUACUUGGCGAGGAGACGCGCCCAAGAGAUCCGUCGUAGAAGAGCAGCUAUUAAAAUACAGCGGAACGUUCGAGGAUGGCUCGCUAGACUCAAGUACCAGAGGUUACGGCGCCUGGCCAUUGGGUUACAAGCACAUGCUAGAGGUUACAUGGCGAGGAACCUCUAUAGAGACCGCAGGAAGGUCAAAGCGGUCAUCACAAUACAGAGGUACGCUCGCGGCUACCUCGCUCGCAAACGUGCGCAGAAGAUACGACGACAGAUCGUCAUUGCACAGGCUUCUAUCCGCCGCUUCCUCGCCCGUCGCCAAUACAAGCGCCUCCGCAUCGAAGCUCGCAGCAUCGACCACGUCAAGUCUCUCAACAAAGGACUUGAGAAUAAGAUCAUCAGUCUACAACAGAAGUUGGGCGACGCGCUCGAGAAAAAUAAGAGUAUUGAGCCUCUGUUAGCUCAGAUUGUCGACUUAAAAGCCAAACUAGAAAUCCUGAAACUCGUAGAAAUAGAAGCCAAAACUCUCAGAACGGAUCUCUUCGACAAGAACAACCAGAUCUCUACUCUCCAAGAGGAGUUAGAAGAGAGAGAGAGUAACAAGCAGUUGAAACACGAGAAGAAGUUGAUAGAAGAGCAGUAUGAGUUGAAUAGAGCUUCGUGGGAAGAGGAGAGUGAGAAAUUAGCUAACGAGUUGAAGAGUAACAAAGAGCAUUUUGAGUUGGCAAUUGAAGAACGCGACAAACAGCACGAACAAGAGAAGAAGGCGUUGAAUGCAGAGUUAGAAGCAGAGCGACAGAGUCGACAGAAGUUAUUGUCCGCGCAGUAUGAGCUGCAGGAGAGGAUCGACUCUUUGCAGAGUAAACCAGCGCCCAAAGAACACAGAAGAUCGCUGUCAGACGCGAGCAAUAAUUCUCAGCAAGAAACUACUGUUGAAGACGACUAUGGCUACGGAUCAGUCAGGUCAGUGGAGAGCUCUCGGCCCGCGCUCGAAGCUGUCAACUGGUCCGCCGGCACGCACAAUGGACCAACACAACCGUCAGCGGACGCAGGACUGGUGCUUCGUAUGCGUAACAGAAUAUCGGCGUUACAGAGCGAACUGUCGCGCACCACCAAGCGAGCCACCGAUCUUGAGGAGAGGAUUAUGAACCGCCACUCCUCAGCGCCAACGAACCCCAACAUAGACCGCUACAAACUCGAGGAACUAGAAAUAGAGAACAAGAAACUUCGAGAACAUUUAGACAGGCUGAGAGCUGCCGGAGACACCGUGCUGGUCUCCAAGGAAGUCAUAGAACAAAUGAAUAUAAUGCAGAAAGAACUGGACAGGAGGCGGGAUGAAUGCAUACAACUAAAGAGUGUAUUAACUAACCAGACGGUAAAUCUAAAGUCGCUUGCAACAUCAAACUACGGGUCAGAUGUCGAUAUCAUAAAUGAAGAUGGAGAAUUAGCUACAGCUUAUGAAGCUCAGAAGGGUAUUAACAGGCAAUUACAAGAAGAGUUAUUGGCAGAGAAGAAAUUCUAUUCCGAACACAUAUCGAAGUCAAAAACAGAGAUAGAGAAACUAAGAGAAGAGAAUGAGAAGUAUCAGAAGUUGCUAAGUGCUGAUUUGAGCGCUGAACCCAAGAAUAAGACUCAAGAAUUCGCGCAGAAUGAAAUCAUUCGAUUGGCAGCUGAAAGUUUGGCGUUACAGGAACGUGUAGACAAGUUAUCAGAAAGCUGUCGCCGUUACAAGAAUCAGAUUCGAUUGUUAGUGAACAAGCUUAAAGAAGUCGGCAUUGAAGACGUCAACGAUAUACUUGAUAAUACUGAUCCAGUGGCGCCACCGAACGCGUCGAUGACGCUAGAGAUGGCGCCGGUGACACGUAAGAAGGAGCGCGAGUACCUCGGCAUGUUCGAGUACAAGAUACAGGACGAAGCCGUCAUUAUAAAGAAACUUAUAUCUGACUUAAAGCCCAAAACGGCAGUGACGCUGCUCCCGGGGCUGCCCGCGUACAUACUGUUCAUGAUGCUGCGACACAUGGACCACGUGGACGACGAGCCUAAGAUGCAUCAGCUCAUGAAAGCCGUCAGAACUGCAGUUAAGAAGACCUUGAAGAAACGGGAGAGUGUCGAGUAUAAUGCUCUGUGGCUGGCUAAUAUGUUGAGACUACUGAACAACCUACGCCAAUACAGCGGCGACACAAUCUACCAGACAGCCAACACCCCUCGACAGAACCAGCAGUGUCUGCGCAUCUUCGACCUGUCCGAGUACCGGCAGGUGCUGAGCGACAUCGCCGUCUGGAUAUACCAGGGCCUCAUCCACCUCCUGGAACGUCAACUAGAACGCCUCAUAGUGCCAGCCAUUCUCGAACACGAGGAGAUCAGCGGCCUGUCAGGCCCCAGCGCCCGUCCCGCCCGGCGCGGGCCCGCGCAGCUCAAGCACGAGCUGUCGGCCACGCAUGAUCAUCUGCAUACCUUCGCUGUUGACCAGCCGUUAAGGCUCACUAUAUUUAAGCAGUUAUUCUACUACAUCUGCGCGUACAGUUUGAACCAGCUACUUCUACGCAAAGACCUGUGCUGCUGGGCUAAAGGCUUGCAGAUCAGGUACAACAUCUCACAUCUCGAGACUUGGAUAAAGGAGCAUCUCGCUGAAUAUGGCCAGAAGAGCGUGGAAGAGAUCCUAGGUGUUCUGAAGCCGAUCACGCAGGCGGUGCAGCUGCUGCAGGCGCGCAAGUCCAUGCAGGACGUGCAGAGCACCGUCGACAUGUGCGCUAACCUUAACGCCAUGCAAGUUUGUAAGAUCCUGAACAUGUACACUCCCGCUGAAGAGUACGAGGUGAAGGUGACGCGCGAGUUCAUCCACGAGAUACAGAAGAAAAUGCAGGAGAAGGCUGGCACCAACCCUGAUAAAGAACCACAAAAUCUUCUAAUGGACUCAAAGAUGAUAUUCUCGGUGCAAUUUCCCUUCAACCCGUCGUCAAUACGUCUGGAAGCCAUAGAGUUACCAGAAGUGCUAGAACUGGAAGGUCUACUCACCAAAAUAUAAGUAGACCGAGAAGACCAGGUGAAAAUACCGACGGAAGGUGAACAAACAUGCCUGUAGCUGUUUUUAUUUUUACAGCUGGUCUACUGUAAUGUAAUGAGUAGACCAAGUAGACCAUUCAAGGAUUUAGGUUGAAUCAUUGAAGAUUUUUUUGUUUAUAGCUGGAAUGUGAAAUAGAGUUAGUAGACCGAAAAGACCGUAGAAUAAGAAGGUAUGUUCAAAACUAUAGGUAUUAUUUUGUAAAGAACCAAUAAUAAUAGUGGUCUUUCGUUGAAAAGACCAAGUAGACGGAAAAGACCGUAGGAAUAAUAAAGUUAUAAGUUUUAAACACAAUAGUUGUUAUGUUUUUGUAAAUGUAAAAGACGGUCUAUUUAAUACAAGAAGUAGUUGAAAUAGCUUUAGGAUAUUAGCCUAACAUUUUGUAUAAUUUUGCUCAUAAACAUAGUUUCAUGUCUGUUAGAUUUUAAAGGUAAUCUGAAUUAAAAUUAUUUUGAAAAAACUUAAUUUGUGAUUAAAAUUUCGAAAAUAUGCUACUUUAUAAAAUCUAAACACAUUACUUUUAUGUCUUGCCUUAUAUAAAAUAUCUUCAAAUAACUCAAGAUUUUCGUUCCUCGGUUAUUGCCAUACAAAAUAAUCGGUUAAUAUGGUGCCAUUAUUAUUUAUUAUAUUAUAUUAAAAAUCGGUUAAAGUAUAUAUAUAUUAAUUUUUCACACUUAACAUUGUUUGUCAUUGAACAUCUUUGGCAGUCGUUACGGGUAGUCAGAAGCCAGCAAGUCUUGAGGGGUCAGAUAGGACAGUCGCUCCUUGUAAAGCACUGGUACUCAGCUGCUUACUAGACUGGAAGCCGACCAACACAGUUGGGAAAAGGUUAGGCAGAUGAUGAUGAUUUUUUCACUCUUAGCAUUCCAUAAAAGCUGUGAUUUUUUCAAAUUUAUUUGACAUAAAAGUAUUAUUUGAUUUCGGUACAAUUUAUAUGCUUUUGUGAUAUAAUCAACUGUUUUCAUUGAAAAAUAAUAAUUCUUAAAUUAUAUUUAUUCUUACAUCAUCAAGUAUAAUUAAUCCGACAAUUUCAAUAAUAAUAAUUAUCAUUUAGUAAAUAAAUCACGAAUGAAUAGAAACCAUUAUUGCUUAAAUACAUUAGAUGCCGCAGAAAUAUAAUAUUAUACCGACUUUUCAUUUGUUAGUUGCUUCCGCUAAGAAAUUACUUUUAGCGUCUUUCAUAGGGUUUCUGAGAUGCCAGUCUCACAAUGUUCCGACGCCAUUAAGUUUGGCGCGAAGUAUACUUGCUUUGUAAAAUUUAUAAAUUUUUGAAUAUUUUCUAUGCUGAGAUAUGACAAUUUAUUCUUUUUUUUGGUCUAAUUGUUUGUUUUUACUAACAGGCAGAUGGCGUAAUAGUUAGUGUUUAUCUACGCUAAAGUUAGGAGUUCGAUUCCCGCGUGAGUUCAUCAUUGUGUGUAUGAAUUUUUGAUGUAGGCUUGUGGAUUUUAUUUAAGGUAUUUACAAAAAUAAAGUUUUAUAAUAUCAAGUUCAUGAAAUGCUUCCCAAAAUUAGUCUUCCUAUUGAAAAAAACUAAACAUCGAAAAUCUUUAGUCAUCAGAGUCAAUUUAAAAAUUUUGAGUUAUUAUAUUUUUUCCAAAACGCAGUCUAUCUCAGCCAUUUCCUUUAUAAAAUAAGUUUUUAAUCAACGAAGUUAUUUUCUAGUUUAAUUUAAGGUUUAUACGUUUUUAUUGUACUACUUACAGAGGUUUAUGUUACUUAAACUGAUUAGUUCAAAUUAUUCACCACUUUUCGAAACCACGUUUGAAAUAUUAUUCUCAAUAAACACAGGAUUUAAAUUACUUUAAAACUUUUUCUAAGUCGUUACGGGUCGACAGAAGCCAGUAAGUCUGACAACCAGUCUUACCAGGGGUAUUGGGUUACCCGGGUAACUGGGUUGAGGAGGUCAGAUAGGGCAGUCCUCCUUGUAAAACACUGGUACUCAGCCGGUUAGAUUGGAAACCGACCCUAACAUAGUUUCUAAAUGAUUAUAUCUUAUUCUGACAAUUCCUAAAAAGUUGUAAAAAAUAUUAAUAAAAUUGUAAUGUUGUUUACUUGUAACAAAUUAAGACAAUUUAUUCGUUCUGAGUGUAUUGUCAAAUAAAUAAAUAAAUGUAUUUGCGCAAGUAAAGCGACUAUGGAUGGCUAUAAUUAUUAUAUAGCCCAGUUCAGACGAGUAAAACUAACUAUUGUUUGGUAAUCUUAUGUCGUAUUCAGUACUACAAACGAUUAAAUGCCUGGAAUAUUGUCAAAUGAUAAUCAAAAAUGUUUCUUCGUCCUGUAUUGCAUACACUCUUCAAGAGACAGCGAGUUUGCUCAUUUAUGAAAACUAUAAUUUUCAAUAUAACGUCGAAAACUACAUAAAACCAGAGCUUUUCUUGUACAAUGUAUAAACUUUUACUCGCCUAUGCUGGUCUAAAUAAAUACUUAAUAGCAUGUAAACUAAAAUGCGUACUGCCGAAAUUUUAGCAAAAUAAAUAAGCGAAUAGUGCUUCUAAAAUCUGUGUUCGUCGUGAAUAAAAAUAUUAUUUGUAUAUAAAGAUAUUUAAUAUACAUAAUGUGGUAAAAUUGUGGUGAAUUUAAUAUCAAUUUGUUGUAAAUAGCACUGUAUGAAUAGAAAAAAUAUUAUAAUGUCUACAGUUGCUUUUUGACAAACGUUUAGUGUCAUUCCAUUGUGUUUAAAUUAAUGUUAUUUAUAGUAAAUAAAAGUUUAUUAGAAUUAUUGUUGUAUAGAGAAAUUAUAGUUGGAUUUUGGAGAGUUGUAAAAUAUCAAAAAUAAAUCAAUACAUACAUACAAAUAUGGAUAUUUCAAUUGGCAAAAGCUUUAUGAUAAAUCAGAGUUAGUAGGGCUUUUGCAAUUAAAAUGAUUUUAAUUAACUGACUUUCGAUUUUUCAUAAAUAUCAAAUAAAAAUAUUUAUACGACUUUCCAAAAUAUUGAAGUAUGUGGACUCAAUAAGUAUGUAACAUAGAAAUAAUUUAGAAAAUAAACAGUGUUACCAUUUGCGCUAGGUGCUUUCGAAGCUUAUAUUUAUUAUAAUUAUGUAAACUUUUUUCCACCAUUUUCUUACGAAGUUUUGAUUGCGUAAAAUAAUUAAUGCUUUACACUGAUAAAAGGUGAAUAAUUUAAGAUUUCUAAGCAAUUAUUGGGUUGUCUGCUAGCGUACGUCCUGAUUGAGUGUCUAUAAAAUCAAAGGUGAGUACUUGUUAACCUUACGAAAAAGGUAAUUUCUGGUAUUGAAAAAAAAAUAGUAAGAAGGAACCUUCCUAUAGGCUCUUACUACUAUGGUCUCAAAACAAGGAUAAAGAACUUUUAUAGACACGAAAUUAUGGCAUUUUCAGACUAGCAGAUUUUGUACCCUUUCGUUUUGACAUUCCAUUUUUACUUAUCUAUAGUUCCUUAUUGUUUGUAGUAUUGUUUCCAUAUUAAAACCGCGGUUAUUAAGAUAAUAAUAGAGGUAAAACAAAUUAUUAUGAAUGUAGUUUUGAAAUAGAAGAUUAUAGCAAAAGCAGGCACUAAGUACUUAAAUAGAAGAUUUUGUAAAAUCAGUAUUUUGUAUGUAAUUGUUAUUAUUUAUUUAUUUGUUAUGCAUACGACAGCUGUAUAUCAGAAUUUUCCUAGCAAAUUGUCGUAUAGCUUAAAAUCUGUAGAAAAAUAUAUGUAAUAAUAUCUCCUUGUUGUACUUAAUAUAUUAAAAAUAUAGAAAUAUAUAUUUAUGUUGUGUUGUAUAUACUUGAAACAAUAUUUAUUAGGUGCUCAAGUUGAAACUUUUCGAGUUUAUUAAAUUCUUUCCAAAUGUAAUGUGGAUAUAUUGAAAUUAUUAUUCGUCAAUUCAUUGAAAUUGUUGUGUCAUUCGUUAAUGUAACAAACGACAAAAUAUAUAUGGAAUUCAUCUCUGAAUGGAUAAUUAUUAAUUAAAAAUGAUAUUUACAUGUAAUGAAUAUUGGAAAUAAACGUCUAUUGCAAACUUCUUUAUUGCAGCUGAUCGCGUGGCAAUCUAAUCUUAAAAAUGCAGCCUUUUGGUUAAACAUGUUAAAAAAAUGAGCAACUAACUGCGAAAGUUUCUAAAACAAGUAAAUAGUCAGAUAUAUUGCAGGAAUUUAAUAUGAGGUGAUAUUAACAGGCGCUUCAACUAUGAAAUAAAAUAAAUAAAAUAUAUAUUACUUAUCGAGGAUUUUCAAAGAGAUCUCAGUUUGCAGAGAGUAAUCCUUAAAAAAACACUUGAUAAGUAAUAUGUACACAGAUUAAUAACAUGCUAUGCCUAAUAAAAACAAAUGUAUAGAAGCUAAUCAUAAAUAUAUUAAAAAGCUAUUUAUAUACAAAAAAGACGUGUCAUAAAUUAAACUUUAUGUAAAUGUUACAAAUUGUUAAAACGUUUAUGCCAUGUUAAAACAUUAAUCCUUUGGUAACAGCCAAAAAUAUGUAAUCAUGUAAUCAGUUGUCAUAUAUGACAUUCGAUUACGUAAUCAUUGCUGUGUUUUUCUUUGAAAUAAUUGUAAAAGCAAUAUAUCGCAUAUCUAUGUAAUCGUACUAAUAUUGGUAUAUUAAAAAUUCUUAUGAUUGUUAUUAUAAUUGUGGAUUUAAAAUCAUAGAGAAUUAUG